AUGGCACCUACCUGUGCCAACCCGCUGCUUCUUGAAUGGAUCAAAGAAAUCUAUGAACUGGCCAAGGAGCGCAACUCGAAGGGUGUUACAACGUACAAGAGAGCCUACGAGUCCAUGAAAGCAUGCCCGCUAACUUUCAGCCACCCCUCAGAAGCGCAGCAGCUCGAUGGCAUUGGUCCCAAGAUCUGUGACAGACUGACAGAAAAACUGAAGGAGCACUGUGAGGCUAAUGGGCUACCGGCCCCGAAGAAGCCUCGAGGGAAGGGCAAGGGCCCUUGA